AUGCUCGCUUCUAGGCUUCUCGCCCUAACGUGCGUGGGUCUCACACUUGCUGCGGGCCAGCCUCGCGUAUCUCUAACUGAUGAUUUACGGGUUUCCGCUUUCGCGGGUUCUGCGGACCUCUGGCGACUUAACAACGGCAGCGUCUCCGUCAGCACUGACGGUGGCGCAAACUGGGCUACGGUUGACUCACUUGGCCACGAUAUUGAAAGCUUCAAGAUUGACGAAAACUUCCCCGAAUCGCGCGCGUUCGCCAUUGACAGCAAGCGCGGUCGUAUCUUUCAAAGCGUGGACCAGGGCCGCGCCUGGACGGAAAUGCUCAGUGACGCUUCAUUCUGGGACAAUCCAGAAGAUGAAGCUAACCCGCUGGCGUCCCUGUGGUUUAGUAUGCAGACGAAUCCAUAUGCGCGUGAAGAUGUCGUUGUGACUCUGUCACAAUGUCUCGAGAACGAGUAUGUUAGAAGAUGCAAUGCCUCCAAGAAUGCAUUCAUCUCCACCGAUGGCGAGUACUUCCGCCGCGCGACGGAAAUCGCAGCACCCAAAGGGCAGUUGCUCGACAACCGGUGCCGGUUUUUCGGCGCGGAGGCCGGGCCAAGAGUUAUAUGCCAGCUGCGCCUUUCGCAACAACCCCAAGGGGAGGGCUACCAAGGCCUGAAUGUCAAGCUUUUCUACUCAGAUGAUCAUGGAGAGACCUUCGCUGCCCUCGAAGAAUUCGAGCACCGCUCAGUGAUGUCCUCGAUGACAUUUGGUGGUCUCGAUGCGGUCACCACCAUCGAGGCAAAGAAGAGUCACCAGCAGUCCGCGUACCAGCUAUGGUUAUCGCGGGACGGGAGCCAUUACGAAUAA